AGGGCGCCUCUUUACUUGUCUUUCGCCAUCUUUCCCUCGUGUCGGUCACGCUUUACUCGUCGGGAAAAAUAUGAAUGCUGAAAAGUUAAGCAAGCUGCAAGCUCAAGUCCGCAUUGGUGGAAAGGGCACAGCUCGUCGCAAGAGAAAGGUUGUUCAUAGAACCUCAACAACAGAUGACAAGAAACUUCAGAGUUCACUGAAAAAAUUGUCUGUAAAUAAUAUACCUGGGAUUGAAGAGGUGAAUAUGAUUAAAGAUGAUGGAACUGUGCUUCACUUCAACAAUCCCAAGGUGCAAGCCUCCCUGACAGCCAAUACAUUUGCCAUCACGGGACAUGCAGAACCAAAACAAAUCACAGACAUGCUACCAGGCAUAUUAAACCAACUGGGUGCAGAAAGUUUGACACACCUGAAGAGGCUAGCUGAUAUUCAAAGUUCAGUGGGUUCUAGUGGUGAUCGGGCUGAAAAUACUGGAGUUCAUGAUGAUGAUGAUGAUGACGAUGAAGUUCCUGAUCUGGUUGAAAAUUUUGAUGAACCUUCAAAGGCUGAAGGAGUCUAGAACAUUGAUGGUUAAAGGAAUCUGGUAGUAAAAGUACACUAAAAUCAGAGCUGUAAAAGAAAUAUGCUUAUAAGUUGAUGUGUCUUUCAAUUAAAAUUUAAAUAAGACUGUAAAUUAACUACAUGUGUUACAUUAAUGAUCCAAGUAUGUUGUUUUUGUAUCACCGAAAUCAAACAUACAGAUUUCACCUGUCUGAAAAUUAAAAGUACCAUAAGAUGUGUGAGCAAUAUUUUAUGUAGCAAACUUUAUUGAAUGUAAGUGAAUUGGUUGGAACGCAUCAGUUGGUACAAGGUUGCUCUCUCUGAUGGUCAUUUCAAACAAAGACAAACUAUAAGUCAUUAGUCAUCUGACACUUUUUUUUUUCCUGUUAUUCUGUUAAGAAGUGUGUAGUCAUAAAAGUUUGACAAUAAAACAAUUUUUUGACAAA